AGGUACCUACCUAGGUAGGUACCUAGGCUUCAGCGGUCUGACCAGGGCCUCGGGACUCGGUAGCUCAUCUCACGUCACGUCACAUCUUCAUUAUUCGCCUUUUUGCCUCGCCUGCGCCCGUCUUACAUUAUCUAGAACAAGUAGUAUUCCGAUCACCUACCAGUUCCAGGUCCAUUAGCCGAGGGGUUAGAGUAAGCCUCGCGCAUAGUAGGUACUGGAGGCGUGAGAAUUGCCAAGGUAGAGAAAGACACAGGGAGACAAGAUACUCACCUCUAGCUACCCUCUCUUCUAUUUUCAACAUCCUCGCUCUCUCUCUCCCGCUCUCCUUCUCUCUGCCUUCGGCAGUACCACUAAGAGACUCAACAAUAUAUAUCAGCCUGUAUUUUAUCUCAUAGCUUUCAUCUCUCCCCAAGCUUCUCUCCCUGUCGUCUUUGUCACUGUGCUUUGAGCCAUGGAGCGUCAUCGCCAGUCACAGCGGAACCCCUCGCUUCUCCUUCUACCUCCACCACCACAGCCAGCAGACCAUACAUCCCUAUCUGUCGCAUAUGAGCCUGCUAUCAAAGCCGCUAUAACAAAGCUCAAGAAUGAAGACCACCAUAGCGAGAGAGGCUCCGUGCUUUUCGUGGGAAUCAGUUCGGCCAUUCUCUCCGGCCCCGCCCCCAACCAAAAGUCCCUCUCAUGGCCCGCCGCCCAGUCGGUUCUGGCCCGCAUCUACAGCAUCGUGGCCCUUAUUUGCGCCCAGCUCUCCGUCCCCAGCGAGAUGCAUGCCGGCCCGGAUUCCAUUGAUGUGCGCGUGCUAUUCAUUCAUUACGACCCGUCUAGGCCUAUAGCACAGCAUCCUCGGCUGGCAAUUGAUGUCAACAAUACCAUCAUCAUUGAUUUACACACAUUCGCGUCCGCUUACCACCCCUGGCAUGAAAUCUUCCAUGUAAACAGCGAACCAGGAUACCGGCUUUUCACAUCUUAUAUGAAGAUAUACGAGCAGGUUCAGACGUUGAGGCAAGAUCAACUUAUCGUUGUCGAGAGUGGGCUCUCCUUGAGCGAGAACCCGUCGCCACCUGCGCAGACAAGGCUGUAUCCAAUUGUCUGUCUCGGCGGUACAUUCGACCAUUUACAUGCCGGCCACAAACUUCUCUUAACCGCCGCUGCCCUGUUGCUCAAGGUACCGGACAGCCCCGCGACAACCCCAGCACGAUUCAUCAUUGGCAUCACUGGUGAUGAGCUACUGAAGCGAAAGAAGUAUGCCGAAUUUGUCCAGCCAUGGGAUCUACGUGUUAUGAAUGUUAUUGAAUUCUUAGCAUCCUUACUCCAGCUGUCCAAACAAGGAUGGGUAGAACCAGACGUUACGAAGAAUGACGGCAAGGUGAUUGCUAGGUUUCGGGACGGUACAAUCGAGAUUCAUUGUGUGAUGCUUCAAGAUGCUUUCGGACCGACUACUGCAGAAGAAGAAAUGGAUGCACUCGUAGUGUCUGGAGAGACGCGAUCAGGUGGGGAUGCUGUGAACGCUAGGCGUAGAGAACUUGGCUGGCAUGAACUCGAGAUUUUUGAAGUGGACGUUCUGGACGCAGGGGAUGGCACUGAUUCUUCUGCCACGAAGACGGAUUUCGCGACCAAGAUAAGUAGCACUGCGAUUCGAGAGAGGAAGGCCGGGGCCCGCAAAUGAGGGUGAGAUUUCUAUUGUGAAUCUUGGAUCGC